GUUUCGCUGCUGCUCAGUUGAGAUGAUUGACAGAGUCAGCAGAGGUUCACUCGGGCAUGUCCGCUCACUCGCUCGGUUGUUAUCGUAAACAGAAAGACCUGCAGCAUGGCGAGUUCAGAAAGAGCUCACACAACAUCGAGAACACCAGGCAUCGGCUUGUUGAGGAUUUUAUUUAUUGCUUUUAUUCACACGACGCGGGCCAAUAAACAAGCAUUCAUUCAGUCAGACACAAUACUAGAAGUUUUACAUUUUGGUGAAGGAGGCCUUUUACAGGCCGAGUCUGACAUUGAUUUUAGUUUAUUUCAUCAACAAAGCACGUCCCCGCAUCGUGGGAACUGCCGACCUAUACGAUUUGAACCUCCGAUGUUGGACUUUCACGAACAGCCUGUUGGAAUGCCAAAAAUGGAGAAAGUUUAUUUACACAAUCCUAGCUCAGAAGAAAUUAGUUUGAUAUCAAUAUCAGCAACAACAGCACAUUUUCACGCGUCCUUUUUCCAGAAUAGGAUAAUUCCACCUGGAGGAAACACAUCGUUCGACGUGGUGUUUCUCGCUCGAGUAGUUGGGAAUGUAGAAAACACUUUAUUUAUUAAUACAUCACAUCAUGGAGUGUUUACAUACCAGGUUUUUGGGGUCGGUAUCCCAAACCCCUACAGACUGCGACCCUUCAUCGGGGCUCGAGUCCCAGUAAACAGCAGCUUCUCACCUCUUAUACACAUCCACAACCCUUACAGUGAACCACUGCAGGUGGUGGAGAUGUACUCCAGCGGUGGGGAUCUACAUCUAGAGCUUCCCACGGGUCAACAAGGAGGCACCGGGAAAUUAUGGGAGAUUCCUCCGUUUGAGACGAAGGGGGUAAUGAGAGCCAGCUUCUCGUCGAGAGAUGUCGACAAUCACACGGCUUUCAUCAGAAUCAAAACCAAUGCUCCAAACGAGGACCAGUUCAUCAUCCUCCCUGUGGAGGUGGAAGUCACUUCAGCCCCUGGUAUUUACUCCUCCACAGAGAUGCUUGACUUUGGUACACUGCGGUCACAAGAUCGUCCAAAACUGCUGAACCUACACCUUUUAAAUUCAGGAACAAAAGAUGUGCCAAUAACAAGUGUACGUACAACACCAUCAAAUGAAGCCGUCACAAUCGACUUCAAAGCAGUCACACUGAAAGCAGGAGAGAGCAGAUAUACCAAAGUUGCAAGUAUUAGUUUUGAUGCCUCAAAAGCAAGAAGACCGUAUCAGUUCUCUGGAAAAAUAACAGUUAAGGCGAAAGAAAAGACUUACUCCAAGCUUGAAAUACCGUACCAGGCGGAGGUUUUAGAGGGCUACCUGGGCUUUGACCACACAGCCACGCUGUUCCACAUCAGGGACAGCCCAGUCGACCCCGUGGACAGACCCAUCUUCCUCACAAACGCCUUCAGCUUCGCUAUCUGCAUACACAAUGUGUCGCUGCCAGAAGAAGCCAAAACCAUGUUUAAUGUGCAGAACUUCAGCGCACCGAUCGUUAUCCCCCCACACGAGUCACGCUACAUCUUCUCCCUCCUCUUCCGGCCAGUCCGACCCUCCAUUCACAUAGACAGCAACAUCCUGCUCAUCACCAACGCUUCAAAGUUUCACCUGCCUGUCAGGGCCUACACAGGCUUCCUGGAGCCUCUCGUCCUGCCGCCCAGUCUGAAAGAAAACCUGCUGGACUUUGGUGUUCGCAGUGCAACAGACACCAGCAGCAUCAUAUUUGUGGUGGUCAACAGUAAUCCCAUAGAGCUGGAGAUCAAGUCCUGGCUGGUAACAGGGGACAGUCUCUCCAUGGAGCUGCUGAAGACGGAGAGAGGAAACACAACAGUGGCUCUGAAUCGCAUGAGAGAGCUGCAGAACACGUCAGCCUCCCAGCACAAAACAGUGAUAUUAGCAUCUGGCUAUUACGCUGUAUUCAGAGUGACACUUGUGGCCAAGGCGCUGGAGGGAACGUAUGAUGGAGCCAUACACAUAACCACAGAUUACGAGAUAUUAACCAUCCCAGUGAAAGCUCUCAUCGCAGUGGGCACGCUGAACAGCUCUCCAAAACAUAUAGUUCUUCCAUCUUCAUUUCCAGGGAAAGUUGUUCAUCAAAGCUUCAGCAUACAGAGCUCUUUUACACAGAAAGUGAGGCUCCAGCAGAUCCGCUCACUUACAGAAGAUAUCCGUUUUUAUUACAAACGGCUCCGAAACAACAAAGACGAGCUGGAACCCAGACGUAAAUCUAAGGUGGCAAAUAUUUAUUUUGACGCCAGUUUGCAGUGUGGUGAUCACUGUUAUGUCGGGCUGCCGUUUGUGCUUAAAUCGGAGUCGAAGCCUCACGGGCUUGUGUUACAGGAGGAUAUCUGGGACGCUGAUGUCGACCUUCACCAGAAACUACUCAGACGAUGGAGAGAUCUGAAAGAGCGAUCAGGACACAAGGUUGAAGCCGUCUUUGAAGUCAACACAGACCUUCAAAAAAACGUACAGGCUAAAAUAACGGCGCACUUGUCCUGGCCCUCUCUGGUGAACUCCUCGCAGCGCAUUACAUUCCCCCUGACCAACACAAACAGCUCCUCUGAUGAGGAGGUGAUUCUGCAAAACCCUGCAGACGUCCUCGUCUAUGUCCAAGUUCUCCCGCUGGCUCUUUUACCAAACCCUUCAGUGUUUUCUGGAAAGUUAGCGGACAGGUUUCCUUUAGGAAAUUUAUCCAACAUCAACAUCGAUACCAACACCUUGGAAUUUCAGGUUCACAGAAAUCAAACGUCUGUAAUGAAGAGCAGCACGGGCUUCGUAGAGGGAUCAAUCCGACCCUUUGUGUACAACCUCCUCCUGCUGCCCGGAGAGGUCAAAACGUUCAGCGUGAGGUUCACUCCCAUCAGCAACCACAGUGUCUCCUCCCUCCUUAUAGUCAGGAACAAUCUGACUGUGAUUGACACAAUCUUACUUCACGGCCGAGGUACGACGGAGAGCCUGAAAGUUGCAGGGAAGCCUCCGGGACAAGGCAGCUCGUUGAGGUUCAAGAUGACCGAGGCUCUGCUGAAAGACUGCACAGACAAGACUAAAGUCAAGGAGCCAAACUUCACCCUGAAGAAGACCUUCAGAGUGGAGAACACAGGCCUGCUCCCGAUCACCAUCAAAUCAGCCGAAAUCAACGGACAGGCGUGUGAAGGAUACGGAUUCAAAGUUCUCAACUGUCAAGAAUUUGCACUAAAGCCAAACGCUUCAAAAGACCUCAUAAUCCUGUUUACACCCGACUUCACUUCGUCUCGAGUGAUCCGGGAGCUGAAAUUGGUGACAUGCGGAGGCUCCGAGUUCGUGUUUGUCCUGAACGCCUCGUUGCCCUACCACAUGUUAGCCACAUGUGCAGAGACCCUGCCCAGACCGAGCUGGGAGCUGGAGCUCUACAUCAUAGUGUCUCUCAUUAUGAGCUCCAUGUUUCUGUUGGUCAUCGCCACAGCCUACCUGGAGGCUCAGAGUAUUUGGGAGCCUUUUAAGAGACGAGUGUCGGUGGAAUCGAACUCCACGAUGGAGACCGGGAGACCGUUUAAUCUCAGGGAAAUCGUGCAAAUUCACAGUGAUUCAAAGUUUAACGAUUAUGCCGACUCAGCCCAGAACUCCAGAGGAGGUUUUGCGUCCAGUAACGGAGCAGCUCGAGGUGGAGGCCGACAGAGCAACGGCCGCACAGUCUCCGAGUCAGAUAGCCAGGAUAAGAGGUCCAGGAUCGGCUUCAGCCGCCCAUCUAUGCAAGCUUCCUCCACCCAGCUGAGCAAAGGGAGUACAGCCUCAGGACAAGAAGGCCCUGCAGCAGCCUGCCAGCUGACCAACCGCAAAGCUCGGAGCAAGCAACCGGACCUCCAGAGCCCAACUUUAACCCACAGAGGCCUCGUCCCUGAAGACACAGAAUACGCCAACCUGGUUGGCGCCAUGGACAACGACCUCGACCGUCCAGAGUCCCUCAGCGGAGAGAAUCUACCGGAACAGAGCUCUCAGUUCAUUCAAAACAAAGUGUUUGAAUCUAAAGGGAAGCUGCGGGCCAAAUCAAAAGCCCAGAGGAAGAAGGAGGAGAAAGAGAAAAAAUCCUCAGUAAAGACUCAGGGAGACGAGCUUAAAGACAACAUGGCCGACAAUGACGACAGCUCCUCCACCACCACAGAGACCUCCAACCCAGACGUGGAGACAAACAUCAAAGAGGAACCUGUGAAAAAGAAAGGAAGGACCGUAGCAGCGGUCAAAGCAAAAGAAGAACCUUCACAUUUCCUCAUCAAACCCAAACCCAAGAAACAAGACACCACAAAGAAAGAAAACCCAGCAGAGAAAUCCAGUUCUCUGGAGCUGCCGUAUGUAACACCGCUGGAGAACAAACAACGCAAGAGCUUCACAUCCAAAGCUCUGUACCCGCCCAUCAACAUCCCAAAGAGCAGACCCGUGCAGAAGCAGAGACUAGACGGGAAGCUGGAAGAAGGACGCCCCUCUCUCUUAACCAAACUGUUCACCAGCGGCUCGGUGCCCGAGCUCGGACACAGCAGCAGCUCAGAGGGCGAGAAGGAGUUUGCGUCUCCAGAGUGGGACGUGCCUCUUUCCAAAAACUGUGUCCAAGCUGACAGUCUUCAGCAGAUUUCCCUGCAGACAAUAAACGCAGAUCCUUUCCUGAAGAGAUCCGUCACAGCCGGGACCUGCUCCCCUCCACCCACCUCCCCCAGCUUACUGUUCAGAGGCUCCUACAGCAGCGUGCUCAACAGUAACAGUGAGGGAAGCCAAAAGAAGGCCCCGGGUAAUAAACUCUCUGCAGCCACUCCUCUACCUGGCAAAAAUGGGAACCCCACCUUUGCUGCUGUAGCUGCUGGUUAUGAUAAAAGUCCAGGUGGAUCUGGUCCAGGUAAAACUGACAGCCAAGGAAAGAGUCUGGCACACAUGACGUCAGUGGAGAGUGACAGCUCUGACAGCUCUGGGUUAUGGAGUCCCAUCGACCCAGUCAGCAGUCCGAGCUUCCCCUCUGCCAACUCGUUCUCUGCCUUUGGACCCAACAACUCCUUCAACCUGACAGGAGUUUUCAGUGGAAUGAAUCUCCCAAAGUCGUCGGAGCCUCAGCAGAGCUGGCCUGAGUUCACCACUGUACCCUCGUCCAUCUGGGACAUACCGACCAGCGACCCUCUGCACUCCUGGCCCAGCAGCUCCAGCUCGCCCACCGCACCCACUGCAUCACUCCUGGGAAACGCCCGGAACCCUUGGUCUGCAACCACACCCUUCGGGAGCUCCAUUUGGUCAACAAGCGCAGAUUCGGCCUUACACCCUUUCCCUCCAACGACCAACUCGACGACUCUGACCGAUCUGGUCAGCAGUCCCGCCCCGUCUCCCCCGGCGACCACAGAGAUGAGUCGGACCUACAACCCGUGGAGCAUGUGGCGCCCCACACUGAGCAGGCGCAGCUCCGAGCCCUGGCCAAGCUCCUCCGACAAUGCCAAUUAAAAAUCGGCACACCGCAGCACUUAACAGAACCGCGUCAUGAAUUUGAUGUAUUCUGGACGCUCAGUCAAAGAAUUUUAUGAUAAGAAAUCCCAACAGAAAGCAACGUUACCUGAAGUGUGAAGGUAGCCCAGUGCUGCAGGUUACCAACCCCACAGUUUAGUUCUCUGCAGCUUUUUUAUUUAUGGGGGCGGAAAGUUUUAUUUGGUUUUGUUUUAACAGGUGCCCCUCUAAGUUAGCAGGUAUGCUAAUGCCAGUGCAGACAUUUUUGCUGUUAUAGAAAGGCUGCGUUCCUUCUCAGAGGUUGACACAUGGCCGCUCUAAAGUUCAGUAUUAAUGUUGGAUCUUAAUUUAAGCCAUGUGUCUUCGCCAUCAGUUUUAUUGGUUUGUUAUAAAAGUCGGUCUUAAAACCAAACAUCUGCAUUUAAAUUAUUGCACUAGGCUUUUAUUUUGCAGCAGGGAUCUUUUGAUGAGUCACGAUUGUUCAGACGACACAAACAGCCCCAAAAAAACGUCAAUGAACAUUCAUGUUCCCCAUUUUGAACCGGGCUCUGUUCAAAGAAAUAUCAAAGCCUUCUGUGAGAAUGAUUUGGUCAAGUUAUCAAAGAACACUUAAGUUUGAGGUUUGUAUUGUACAUUGCCUCUAUUUGUCAGCAAAUUUAAAUAAAGGACUUCAGCAGAA